AGAUUUGAUUUUUCGUCAAUUGCAAAUGGCAGAAGUGUCAUGUUGUUCUGAGGUGUUACGUUAUUUAUUUAGUGAAAAUUAAUAUCAAUAAAUUAAUAGAACUUUGAAUAAUUAGAACAUUACAAAUUCGUUAAUAUGAAUAAUAAAGAAAAGUUGCCUAAACUGGUGGAUGUGUAUCGUCAAUCAAACCCUCUUGGUAGGAGGCAGUUGCCUCUUGUUGUUGAUGAAAAUUUAACGCUUGUUAUGGAUAUUAAAGGUUCAGGAAUAAUAUGUGAUAACCAGGUUUUGAGAGGAAAAGAAUUAGAAGAAUUUGCUUGCAAAUGGAGUGUUUUAUCAACUUGUGAAUUACAGAAUGCUCUUCAAAUCACCAAAACUGAAUUAAUGCAUGUGUUAAAUCAAAACGUACCGUGCGUUGGAUGCAGAAGAAGUGUAGAUAGACUGUAUUACCAGUUAUUUAAAUUUGGCCAUCCAACAUUGGACCCUCUAAUGGUAAAAUCAGAUGGAACUAUAACUAUCAGAGAAGAUAAACAAGCUUAUCCAAUUUUAGGUUCAAUUUUCCAUGAUCAUGCGAUCAGGUUGGCAAAAUUGAUUGAGAAUCAACCAAAAAGAAACAAAAAAAGUGUCAGAUGUUUGUUACAUUCUUUGGAUUCCCAAAGAAGUAGACCUUUGACUCCAGUGUGGAGAGAUGUUUGGGAAUGCAUGAAACCAGAAUGUAAAAAAGAUGUUUGUAUGAUUAGAGCAUCUAGUCUUCACAGUACAUUGGAAACAUAUUUGCGCAAACACAGGUUUUGUGGUGAAUGUAGAACUAAAGUUUUAAAAGCAUAUUCAUUAUUAGUUGAAGAACCUGAACCUUCAAAAGAAAAGGGUUAUGUUUCCUCUUUAUAUGCAGGUAUUAAGAGAUGCUUGCCUAACAAACAUAUUCAUCUACAAACCAAGACUGAUCUUAUUACUAAGCUAAUCAGCCGGGCUGAACCUGAACUUUUGGGAAGUCGUAGGGAAAGGCACGCGAAAACUUUAGAGAUUGCCCAAGAAGAAGUACUCACAUGCCUGGGAAUAUGUAUGUAUGAACGUUUACAUCGCAUAUAUAUGCGCAUGCGUGAGGAAGAAUGUACCUGUCAAGUGUUCGCCGCAGUAGCGGUUCAUACGUUAAGUCGAAGUUUCGAAACUGCCGUAGAACGCAUAAGGGGUAUCUCACAAUUGGAACUUCUCUACGCGGAAUUUGCGCGAGAAGAACAACAGAAACAAAUCAGAAGAGAACAGAAAAAAAUUAAACGCAAGCGCAAAAAGGGUGAGUGCUGUAAGGUCGUAGAUAAAGAAGGUAAAGAAAACUGCAAUGAUUGCGAACAAGAUGAAGACGAUAAAGAAGAUACUGACAAGGAGUGCUCAUGUACAAAUGAGAAAUCAUGCGAACAGGAAGAAGCACUGAGUUGUUAUAGUUGUGAACAAUUGCAACCAGGAGGAUGUGGCGAUGCCAAUUUACCUAGAAAUUUCGAAUAUGAAGAUUGUUUAAAACCAAAUAGUGGAGGUGGUGGUGGUGUGGGAUGUGGUGGAUUGAGUGGGAAAAAGGAAAAAUUGAGAUGUAGCAAUGAAUUAUGGAUAGAUGAUUGCAAAUGUGAAAACGAUGUUCAAGAAGUUAAAAAACCUACUUGUGGUGCCACUUGUAAAUGUGAUAACAGUUUGCUCAGACCUUUAACCUAUAUAGGAGAUUUUAACAGUAACACCAAAAAAGAAAGUGGUUCAAACAGCGAUCAUUCCCAUGACUGUGGUUAUUCAUCAGAAAAUAAUAACGGGUGCUGUGAAACAGGUUCCCUGAUUUCCAGUCUCUCCAGUUCGCCAGAAGGAUCAGAAUUAGCUUGCUCAGAUUCAUGUUGCCAACAUGAUAAUGAUUAUAUAACUCACUGUAGACUCUCAUAUGGUGGAAAUGGUCAUCAAUUGAGCUUACAGGAAAUGUUAGAGGUUCAUAGCGAAGAUGAUGACGAAUGCUUUAUAACCCCAGAAGAAGUUAGAGAAUUUAAAAGCAACAAUAGGCAAGUCUAUGAGAAGAGACAAGAAUUGCGGGAAACGCUCCAAAAAAGGUUUGCCCAAUUUUGCAUGGACGGACCUGUGCCACAUAUACUCUUGCAAUCCAAAUAUGCUUCGAAUUAAUUUAUAUUUUAAUAUUAAUCCGGUAGAUUUUUCCUGAUUUGAUAUUGUUCAGUUUUCAAAUUAUGCAUAAAUGGUUUUUUUAAAAUUUUUAUUUGGUUUUUGUUUAUUAUUUCAUUGCACAAAUAAAACGAAUAGUACGAAAUUCUAGUACCAAGAUGUUUUAUUUGCCGUACAAAGAUAAUUCAUAAAAUUUAGAAAUACACAUCAGAUAGUCCUAUUGCACACAUCUUAAUAAGUAUAAGUAGGUAGAAGACUUGAUUUCUAUUACAAUUGGCCUGCUUAAAUACAGGUUGCUUCAGAAAAAAGUGCUUACAUAUUUUUAAAGGUUUAGCCAAAACUACUGGCCACGCUGUAAUGAAAUUUUAUACAAAAUUUUUCGGAAUCUUAUACAUCACAUCAUUAUGUUUUUAUAUCUGACCUUCAUAUAGGGCGGUAGUUACAAGAUACGUUAUUUAAUUUACACCAAAAACUGAAAUAUUUGAAUUUGAAUAUUAUGAAGUAAUAAGCGAUGCUAGUAUUUUGUAAUGAUGUUAAAUUAAAAUAAACAAAAGAUCUCAAGAAGAAAAUUAAAAUAAAAACUGAGGAAAUAGAAUAAAAUUCAAUUAGAGUAAAGACUCAAAAUGUCAACUUUUUUCACGAGUCCAUUAGACUAUCCUUUUUUCUAAAGAAUCCAUCAAUUUAUUACCUAGAGCUGCUGCCCAAACAUUAACUUUCAAUGAGUGUUGGUAAUGAGAUACUGUUUUGACUUAUGGAUUCUCAUAACACCAGUAAUUUCAAUGGACAAAAAUCCACUUUUACUGGAUGGUAUAUCAUUUGACAACAGCUCUUGGAGCUGGAGUCUGUAAUAAUAAGGAUUUUCUAUUCUUUAAGUGUCCUCUAAAUACUUAAAAAAGAUGUAUUUGUCUGCCUUGCCAUAUUCCUUACGCUGUUCCACACACUGCUGGAUUUUGAGGAACUAAAUUUAAAAUAACAUUUUCUUCAUUAUUGGCUCUUGUUGCUCUUGGCCUAUCAGAAUUCAUUUUUUUGGGUCUACCAUUCCCAGUUUCACGACAAUGCUCAUUGGAAACAUGUAUCAUAAUCGAUACUUUAUACCAGCAACAGUUAUUACUUCAUAAUUAUCAAAUCAAACUGAAACUGAAUGAUGUCUAAGUUCACUUGAAAUUUUGAGUGAUAAACCUAAAGUUUAAAAAGUUGUUUUAUAUAUAUAUAUA